UCAUGGUGGGAAUGUUUAUGUGUACAUUGACGCGAUCUUGAAUUUUGCAGAAAUACAUGUGUCGUAAUAAUAAUAAAAAAUAAAAUUACAAGCUGACGCUGAUAGUCACAUAUACACUUAUCUCAACGUUGUAAACCCGAGAAAUAGUUCGUGAUUAUUCGUAAAGGGAUUUUAUCAACAUCGUGCAUUUUUGGUCAACGUAACGUCGAAAAUAUACUGUUUUGAUCUUGGCUCAACGCGCUCCAAAGUAAUCGUAAUCGUCAAUUAUGGUGGUUGAAUUAGUGUUGACAGUUUCGAUGUAUAGGACAGCUAGCUGAUAUGUGAUUGUUAUAUUUACCAGUACAAACAAUUCUAGUUUCACUAUGCAUCUAAGUAUUUUAGAUAGGCCUCCGUUUUCUUUAACCAUCACAAAUUACGCGUAUUGUGGUGCAAUUAACUGGUGCAAUAAUGAUUUAAAUAAUGAGUUCUUAACUGAAGUAGCGGUUAUAAUACUGCAUAUGGCUGUUGUACUGUGUUGUGUCAUGUGAAGAACAAACAGGAAACUAGAAUUGCAGCAGCUAUGGAACAUGAAGCAAUUGGUUGGGUGAAAAAAGAAGUGAUGCAAUUGGAACCUAGCUCCGCGGAAGAAAUUGCAACAUUUGUUCCUGGAGACACAUGGAUGCUUGUCAUUUAAAAAACAUAAGAAAAUCCACAUUUGCCCUGUAUGUAGCUGAAAGUGGACAUCAAGUGACAGACAUACCUUGUGACAAACAAAUACUCCAACUGGCAACAAAGGAAAAAGAAUAAACUUACUUGAAGAAUUGGGCCUACAAUGAAAUAAAUGUCUUCAAAGGACAUUCUCCUAGAAGAGCCAUCAGGAAUCGCAACUUCAAGUGGUGAUGUAAAAAUGGAUCCAGAACUAAAAGUAGAAGUGACUGCUAGUGAAUGGAAUGUUUAUCCACUUGCUGUUGAUGCACUUUCCAACUGUGAUUUACGGAGCAUUAAGAAAGAGGUUCCUGAAGAGCCAUUAGCAGUCUGAGAGUUCACUAGCUGCAUUAAAGAGGAACCAGACCUAGAUUUAGGGAUCGACACAACUGACAGUAAUGUCAUCUCAAAUGUCCAAUGGAAACUACAUGCAUCUUCCUUCUGCAGUGCAAGUAAUAUGAGCAUGACGGGGAAUAACUGUGGUGACUUCACCUGUAGUACAUGCCUACAAAGAUUUUCAUCAAAAUACAGCCUCAUAAUGCACGUGUUCAUUCAUAUUGAUGCUGUGGAUGUGCCAUCACAUGUUUGUAGAUGUUGUGGUGAAGUGUUUCACAGUGAUAAUUGUCUGAAUAAGCACAUGAUGAAAAAAGAGGAAGAUAGGACUCUAAUUGCUCACCCACUUGCUGACACAAGGAAGUUACAUAAAUGUAGUGGUAUGUGUUCAUGUGGGCAGUUUACAAACAUUGAUCAUAUAUCACAGAGGUGUUAUAGUGAACCCGAUAACUACUCUCUUUGUCGAAACAACUCUAAAUUAGUUUCUACAUGCACGGUACACACAAAGCCACAUAAAUGUGGCAAAUGUUGCAAAUCCUUUGCUUAUGCUUCUCGUCUCCAAGCCCAUGCUGUAGUGCAUUCUGGAAUAAAGUCAUACAAAUGCGAUGUUUGUGGCAAACUGUUUGCAAGAUGUGAUCAUCUUAAAAAUCACAAAUUAGUGCAUUCUAAAGUAAAGUCAUACAAAUGUGAUGUUUGUGGCAAACUGUUUGCUAGAGUUCAUAAUCUCAAGAAUCAUUCUUUAGUGCAUUCUGGAGUGAAAUCAUACAAAUGUGAUACUUGUGGCAAAUUGUUUGCUCGAGUUCAUAAUCUCAAUGCCCAUGCAGUAAUGCAUCUUGGGGUGAAAUCACACAAAUGUCAUGUUUGUGAAAAAUUGUUUACUAGAAUUGAUAAUCUCAAAAGCCAUAUCCUUUUGCAUUCUAAAGUGAAGUCACAUAAAUGUAAUGUUUGUGGCAAAAUGUUUGCUAGAGCUGAUUAUCUCAAAUACCAUGAGGAAGCACUGCAUCCUGGCAUGAAGCCACAUAAAUGUGAUGUUUGUGGCGAAUCUUUUGCUACCCUUCGUGAUGUCAAGUACCAUUUAUUAGUACAUUCUGGGGCAUAAUCACGGCAGUGUAAUGUGCAUCAUAAUUUAUUUACUGGAGUUGGUGUACUUAUUGUCCAUUUAGUAGCGCAUUCUCAUAUCAAGGAAAUCUUUUGCAAGGAUUUCUUUGUCUCAAAAUUCAUAUGCUAGUUGCAUUCUUAAAUUAAGAGACAUGUAGCUUCAGAUAAAAUAAUGAAAGAUGCUCAUACUAGUUGUGUGCACACAAAGUUUGCACUUAGUUAAUUGUUUGAACAUUAUUGUGAGAUUUGCCAUGGGAGUUUUAUUUGUGUGUGUGAAUCUGUCCUCCUUUGUCACAAUAAAUAUCCAUAUUUUUUGUGACACAUAUGUUUUGUAUGUGUAAGCAGACGAAAGUGGAUAUAAAAAAGAUAAUCUCUGUUGCUGUAGUUUUGUUCCAUAACUUGUUUAUAGCAUUGAUGUGCAGCUGUUCGAAGAUUCUGGCAAGCGUGCUUAAGAUUAAUAUUUGAGUCCUUUUAUUUGUCUAAAAGGAUAGAAAAGCAUGUGUGCAGUGGGAGAGUUGUACUGGAAUGUGUAGUUAGUUAAAAAGUACCAU